AUGGAGAAUACCGACAGCGACAAGCCCAGGCCGGUUGCGCCAACUGAGCCCAUGUCACCCGCGCUCUCUUUUGGUGUUCCCAAGCCUUCAACUUCUAGAGCUGCCUCACCAGCUCGUGUUCCGACGCCAGAUUCUGCCCGUGCCAUAAAGGUUAAGAGCCCUUUGGCUGAGAGCGCGCCUGUAACCGUUGCAACAACAGCUAUAUCUGUGACCACAGCACCUCGAGCCGCAUCUCCACCAGCAGUCAUGCCGCCAUCACCAUUACCGAGGGCAUCAACUCCAGUUCCAGUUGCUAAGGAUCGCGCUCCUUCACCGAUGAACGCGCAUUCACCUAAUACUGCUAAUGGAAAGUCGCCAGUUGUUGCUCCGUCUGCCGCUAUAAGCGCAUCACCAAGGCAAGUCAUAUCUCUGUUGUUAUGGGUUGUUUUCUCUUUCUUUCUCUGCUUGUCCUCAGACCUCCCCCAUACUCAUCAAAACAUUCACGCCGUAUUCGAUUGCUUCGCCAUCAUGUCUUUCGCGUCCUCAGCCAGUCAAGUGAUUGAGCCAGAGAGGUGUGGACCCAAGACUAUGGUUUCUCUCAAAGACCUUAGACCGAUCAACGGUCGCAAGACUUCCAUCGGCGAUGCAGAUGCUGAAAGCGAGCUAAGUGAGCCGCUGAGCACUGUACAUUCUCCGUCGGGAGUCGACUUCAACGAACUUGAGGACGAGAUAGUAGUGGGGGCCCGCACUAACGGUAUUCGCAAGUCGUCUCCUCUUCGGCCAGCAUCUGAAGGCGAUGACGAGAUCAUGGGAGAUGCUGAGGAUGAGCCCGUGGCUUCCCACUAUCCAAAGAGAAAACGCAACUCCAUUUUCCAGGGCCUCAAUGAAAGGAAAAUGGAGCCGGUGAGGUCUCUCGCUGACGAACGACAACCACAAGCAGCAGCAACGAAGAGCAAGCCUCCACGUCUAAGCACAGGAAGCGUCAAAGGCGUCACCAUUGGAUAUUGGAGAGACUCAGAGGCUCCCACUGUGGAUCUUAAGCAUGCUGUCAUUGGUUUCAUCGAUGUUCGCGAGCGAUUACGGACCCGUAUCCAGCCCACCACAUUAUCUGGAGAAACAAUAUCAGACGAAUAUCCCUUGCCACCGGGACCUGGUGGAAGUUGGGUAACUUUUGACAAGAUUGUGUUUUUGGAUCAUCUUGUGGGCUUAGACCAGCUACAGGUCAAGGAGUAUGUCAAGAUCCGUGCCGAAGCAGCUGGGACAGACGAGCUUGAGGAGGAGAGAGUUGCUGCUGAGAAGGCUGCCGUUAAAGAAGCAGUUCGUCGGGCCAAUCUCAACUCGACUGCUGAGCACGGCACGAAUAAUCUUCCUCAGCUCGCUUAUGGUGUUGAUCUUCCCGAACACUUGCAACAGAAUCGCGAUGCCAAAAGGAGGAGGACGAGCGGAGGGUUUGCGCCAGCCAACCCUCCUCCCUCCAAUGGCCCUGUCAUUGAACAUACUCCCAUUCAGCCAGCCCCCGGUGGUCCGCAACCUUUGCGACACACUGUUGAUCCCCUGCCUGGCACUAGACCUACUAGAAUUCUUAUUGGGCAUUGGGCAAAGUCUAACUUGCCCGACCCCCGUGAUCGCCAUGCAGUGUACGGGAUCUUGGGACAGAACGACAUGUUCCGCGUUAAGCUGGUACGAGAGACGCGCGACGGACGCUUCGUUGACGGAAACUUUCCCGCUGGGGCUGGUGCACUCUGGAUUGCCUACGAGGAAGUUGCAUUUGAGCCACACUUGAAAGGCCUUGCACGGAACGAGAUCAAGGAAUAUUGCCGUGUUCGACAGUAUCAGAUCGAUAUGGGAGAGAAAGAAGGGGAACGAACCUCGAACGAGACCAAAGCUGUUUAUGAGGCACAGGCAAGGGCUGCGGGAACGAAUUACAAGGCGCCUGCUCCCUUGUCCAUUGCACCCGCUCUACCCCGUCUUCCAGGCGAUUAUGGCGAAGAAUCUGAUCAGACAGGGCGAAUGGGAUAUGGUGGCCAUGAGUUGCGUCAGAGUCGCCGCGUCGAGGCCGCCAGAGCCGAAGCACGCCAGUCAUACAUAGAUAUCGACACUCCUCCUCAGCCUGCGCCAGCUCCUCGCCAAAGCACUGGUAGGACAUCGCUGAACAACAAUGCGAUCGAAAGAACAUCUGCGCUAGCGGAGCGUGAGAUUGCACGCGUCGAGCUCGCUCAGGAUCGCGCUCAUAUGCAAGCAGUGAACCGUGAGCGGGCAGCAGCUGCGGCCGCCCAGGCAGCCCAAGCAGCUGCAGCAAACAUCCCUGGUAUAGCUGUUAAUGGACGGCAACAAUUACACGAGCGGGACGAAAUGCAACGUCUUAAUAAGGUCUGGGCACGUCAAGAAAGCCUCCGACUAAGAACGAAUGCCGAAGACGCAAAGAUGUAUGCCGGGGUGAAGUAUGAACGCAAGACACAAGGCCCAUUUACCGGGAAACUCGUUUCACAAGGCACUAUUAUCAAUAUUGACGGCGAGGACUACAUCGAGUACCGUGUUCUCGCUAAGCCAUCAUUCUUCUAG